GACCACACCCGGAAGUGUGCCGAGCGCAGUUACAGCGGUUGAGAACGGCGGCUGCGGCGGCUCUGCAUCUCUCACGCCAUCCUUUGAACUGUGGCUAUUAAGUCUGCUCUGCUGUUUCACCUGUUUUACCCGCUACCAUGUCCGUGUUGUGUUACAAUAAGGGCUGUGGACAAAGGUUUGAUCCAGAAAACAACCCAGACGAUGGCUGCACCUAUCAUCCGGGAAUCCCAGUAUUCCACGAUGCAUUGAAGGGAUGGUCCUGUUGCAAGAGAAGAACAACUGACUUUUCUGACUUCCUCAGCAUUGUUGGCUGUACAAAAGGUCCCCACAACAAAGAAAAGCCCCCUGAGCCGGUGAAACCAGAUGUGACGACCUCAGGAGAAAAGAAGGAGGCAGAUAACCAAAAAAAGUUCAAUGAGUACAUCAUCUCUGCACCCAAACCCCAGGAAGCGAUAAACAGACCAAGUGCUGAUGAACCAAUGGUGAGAAUGCAGCAUAAAGUGUCUGCUUCUCUGAAGCAGGCUCUAGAGAAGCUGAAGCUGUCUGAAAAUGUAGAAGAGACAAAAGAGGAAGAUAGUGACGAGAUCAAGAUUGGAACAUCCUGCAAAAAUGGAGGAUGUACUAAAAGUUUUGAAGGCCCCGUGAGCGACUCCGAUGUGUGCUCAUACCACUCUGGAGUUCCUAUCUUCCACGAAGGAAUGAAAUACUGGAGCUGCUGUAAAAGGAAAACAUCCGACUUUAACACCUUCCUGUCUCAGGAGGGCUGCACCAAGGGAACACAUCUAUGGAGGAAAAAAGAUGAGGGUAAGAAAGUGGUGCCAUGUCGGUUUGAUUGGCACCAGACUGGAUCACAGGUCAUCAUCUCUAUCUAUGCCAAAAACGCCCUUCCAGAAAUAAGUUACGUGGAUGCAAACAGCACCACACUCAACAUCCAUGUUGUAUUUGAGGGAGAGAAGGAGUUUGAGCAGAAAAUCAGCUUGUGGGGAGUGAUCGAUGUCAGUAGAAGUGUAGUGAACAUGAUGGCAGCCAAAAUUGAGGUAGCCAUGAAGAAGUCUGAGGCCAUGUCAUGGGCUCGUCUUGACCUUCCUCCUCCCGUUGCUCCGCCCAAGGAGAAGGAGUCUCAGAAGGAAGAGGCUGAUAGUGAGGACGAAGACGAAUGAUGAGGACUUUAAAAGAAACAUUAUAUUUAUCUUUAGCUGAAUUCAAGACUACACAGUCCAUUAUUUACCCCUUUAAAAGCCUCUUUCACUGUCAUGGAAAUUUGACCUCUACUCAACUUCUAUAAUCACAAGAGAAAUGCGUAGUUAUCAGCUUACUUGUCAGCUUUUGGACUUAUUCUAGGUAUUGAUAUUUUUUUACACCGGUUUUUCACUCAAGUAUUGAAUGGUUAUAUUAAGAAAACCUACUUUACAUAGACUUUCACUCAAGUUCAAAUAAGCUGAUGACACAGGUGUUAAUUGCACUGAAAUUGUCUUUAAGAAAAAAAACACAGUAAAAAGAAAGUCAGCGUGACCAUGCUUUAUUUCACAACCAUUAAGCCUUUCAUACAACUGCUCACUGUUGGGACCAGUUUGGUUUUAACAAUGUUUGCUAAAGGAUGAGUCUAUCUGUAAAUUUCCAUUUUUUUCAUCCGCACAUACUGUAUAUGAAAUUGUAAACUUUCAACUGCUUAUAUAUAUAAAAAAUAUAUAUUUAGAUAUA